AGUUGCAGAAGAACAGGAACAGAGUUGACAAGAGUGAGAAGAUGAAGAAGGCUCGAUUGGAGUUGCCAGCGGGGUUCAGGUUCCACCCCACGGACGACGAGUUGGUGAACCAUUACUUGAUUCCCAAGUGCGCUUCUCACCCCGUCUCCGCCCCCAUCAUUGCCGAGAUCGAUCUCUACAAGUUCGACCCUUGGGAACUUCCAGAAAUGGCUCUGCACGGCGAAAAAGAAUGGUACUUCUUUUCCCACAGGGACCGCAAGUACCCCAACGGGUCACGGCCGAAUCGGGCAGCCGGAAAUGGGUAUUGGAAGGCGACCGGGGCUGAUAAGCCGAUCGGCUGCCCAAAGACGCUGGGCAUAAAAAAGGCGCUAGUGUUUUAUGCUGGAAAAGCUAUGAGAGGAGUGAAGACCAAUUGGAUCAUGCACGAGUAUCGCAUCGCCAAUGUCGAUCGAUCCGCCAGCAAGAAGAAGAACAGCUCGAGGCUUGAUGAUUGGGUUCUAUGCCGGAUAUACAACAAGAAGGGCACCAUAGAGAAGCAUUUCCCCACCACGCACAAUAAAUCGGCAGAGUUCCCAGAAAUGGAGACCAAGCCGCAGAUUGUUAUGCCGGCAGCGCCAAACCCGUGCUCUCCUCCCCAAUAUGGGCAUUCGCCAAUGACUGCGGAUCACAUGUACAUGGACUCGUCGGAGUCGAUGCCGAGGCUGCACACGGAUUCUAGCUGCUCGGAGCACGCGGUGUCCCCGGGCUUGGCAUGCGAGAAGGAAGUGCAGAGCGAGGCGAAGUGGGACGAUUGGGACAAGGCCCUCGAUUUCCAGUUCGGUUCAAUGGAGAACUUCUUGGACGAUGCUUUCGCGCAAGGAGAGUAUCAGUUGGAUCUGUUCUCGCCUCUUCAGGACAUGUCCAUGUACUUGCAGAAGCCAUUUUGAACGAGUCCGUCGAAGAACACGGAAGUCGGAUUUCCUUGUAUAGUGGGCCUGAAACAUUCCAUUCGUGUUGAUCAAUCAAGCCAAUGUCUUGGACAAAUUGCUCAUAGGGGGGGGCCUACAGACCAGAGUUAGUCCUAGGAUUCUGCUUUGCUGGGUUUUGCCAGAGAGAGAAGCAGAGCAUUGAGGUGCAUCCAGUCGCACAAUGAAAGGAGUCUGUCGGGCUCUAAAUCUCGGCUGAAA